UGGACCAAAAUGGACGCAAUUGGAUGAGGAGAGACUUGGGGAGACUCGUGGACACGGCGAUGGCGUAGGUAGUUAUCCGCCAAGUGCAAAGUCCUCGCGACCUUCGUCGUCGCCCUCGCCUUCGCGUGAGUCCUCGUCCUGAGAAUGUCGUGCCGCAAUCCCGACAACCUCAUGAUGAAUACGAGCGACGACGAGAGCUUCGACUACCUGUUCAAAAUCGUCCUAAUCGGCGACUGCGGCACGGGCAAGACCUGCGUGGUGCAGCGCUUCAGGUCCGGAACAUUUGUUGAACGCCACGGCAACACCAUCGGCGUCGAUUUCACCAUGAAGACCGUGCUCAUAGACGGCAAAAGGGUGAAGUUACAAAUAUGGGAUACUGCAGGGCAGGAAAGGUUUCGAACAAUAACUCAGAGUUACUAUAGAUCUGCAAAUGGAGUAAUUGUAGUUUACGAUAUUACAAAGCGAUCGACGUUCUUAAGUUUACAACGUUGGGUAGAAGAAGUCCGGAGGUACUCAUCGUCGCAUGUGUUACUGGUAUUAGUAGGUAAUAAAUGUGAUUUGGAGGAUCUACGCGAGGUGAAGAAAGUAGAAGCUGAAGCUUUAUGCCAAUAUCUGCCCGAAGUUUUGCACGUAGUGGAGACCUCAGCCAAAGAUAAUACAAAUAUAGAUUCCAUCUUUUUUUAUCUGGCAUCGGAACUUAAGAGACGACACGAUAAUCGCCAGAUUAGUGCGAGCGAGGAGGAAGUAGUGAAGCUAGGUGUCGGUCGAAAUCUAUCUUCUUGUUCGGGCUGUUCUUAUAAAAUAUUUUAAAUUAUUUGAUAUUUAUUGAUGCGCUGGAUGACUGAAAUUUUUUUGAACCGAGCGUCCAGUGAUAAGAUAAAAGGCAAUCGACGAAUGUGAUAUCGCACGAUUUCGUCUGCACCACAUUUUAAUGUUACUAUUCUUGAAAUGAUAAUUGAAAAAUUAGAAAUUAAUAUGCUGUUAAGGAUUUCUCUAAAACAUCGUGUGAACUUAUCAGCUUUUUAAAAAAAUUUCACUGCCCUUUAUCUUACUAUAGCCCGAUAAACAAAGAAGACCAGUGUACACGACCAGUGUAAUUCUAUCGAUGCAGCAGAAAGAUGUUCAGGUGCUAAAUUCAAGAUAUUAUUUUUCUAUUCUCAUAGAUUGGAACAGUAGCUAUCUAAUCUCGAAAAACAUGAAUCUCGCGAUAAAGAUCUAAUUUCUAGAGUAAAAGAUAGUUUCUAUUCUGAAAGCUCGCUGUUCCGGGAAGAGCACAUAUGUAUAUUUUUAUAUGCGAUUUAACAAAACGUACAAAUUUACACUUACUUGUGUACACGUAUUGACAUUUUACUCAAUAUUGCGAUAACCUGAAGAGUGGUACUCUUUUUGGAGUAUCUAGUGCCUUAAAAUAUCACCCUGAACGCAUAGAUAUUCGUGAAGUGUAAUCGAGACGUUUGCAGGAGAUUUAAUUGCGAGUGGUAACUUAAUGUAUUUCUUUUUUUAUUUAUUUUAUUUAUUUGCACGUACAAACGUUGUUACGGCGAAUGUGAAGUUUAGCCUCUCAAUCGCCAAGCACCUAUUAGAAGCUGUAAAUACUAAUCCACAGUCGCGUUCUCAUUGUGCAUUUUGCGUUAAAAGCGAUCUUCUAAUACUUGAUCUUUGUUAAUUUUAAUAAUUAUACAAUUAAAUAAUUCGGACAUAAUUCAAACAAUUCAUAUAAUAAUUUAGAUUCGCAUUUAGAGGCGCAAUGGGAAUGCGAACAGGUAUGUAGAAUGCGUUUCGUUUAAUUAAACGCUAUUGUUAUUUGUGAGAUAUAAAGAAUUUCUAUAUUACUGCUUAUGUAUAAAUCAUAAUAUAUUUUUUUUUACUUAUGUUGCGUGUAUUCUCUCGAAAUAGUCGUUGCGAAUGCAAAUCAUGUUUUUGAUAAGAGAUAUUAAAACCUCAAAGUAAGAUACGUAAUAACCCAGACAAUAUAUUCAAUUAAAGUGUU